AUGUCGCUUAAGCAGGAAAUAGAGACAUGGGUGCAGGCACUCAGUCACUAUGACAACACCGAGUACGAGGAGUCGUUACGAGUCUUCGACAACAUCGCCGAUACCUCACGAAUACUGUUUAAUUGCGGCGUCAUCCAUGCAACAAUCGGAGAACAUGAACGAGCGGUGGAAUGCUACCAAAGGGCCAUCAAGCUCGACAUGUACCUUGCUGUGGCCUACUUCCAGCAAGGCGUGUCGAACUUCCUUCUCGGCGACUUCGAGGAAGCGCUGGCGAACUUCAACGACACCCUGCUCUACCUGAGAGGCAACACUUAUAUUGACUAUGAUCAGUUGGGUCUCAAGUUCAAGUUGUACUCGUGUGAGGUUCUAUUCAACCGCGGCUUAUGUUACAUCUAUCUCCAGCAAGAACAACCUGGUAUGCAGGACUUCGACUUUGCUCGGAAGGAGAAGAUGACCCCGGAUCACGACGUGAUUGAGGAUGCUAUCAAGGAGAAGGCCGAGGGCUACACUGUAUUUAGCAUACCCGUGGGCGUGGUGUACCGGCCAAAUGAGGCAAAAGUUAAGAACUUGAAGACAAAAGACUACCUCGGCAAAGCUCGUCUUGUUGCGACUGCUGAUAGCAAGAACACCGGCGUAGGCUUCGCAGGCGCCGAAAGAGUUCAGGCCUUGCAACGAGCAGAUGCUGCCAAGGACGACCGACCCGCCGAAAACAUCAGCUAUGCUGCCACAAAUCUCGUGCAAAGGAGUCUGACCAGCCGAGCUGCGCCGCCGCGUGACUCGAGCGCUCCAGCAGUCAUGGGUCGGAAUGUCUUUCCACCCACGCCUCCACCAGAGGGCGACAAGCCAGGUGGGAAUCGCGGGAGCGGAGGUGCUGGCAAUGCAGCAUUGCCAUACCGGUCUGCUUCAAUGCGAAAUCCGCCAAGCAACAUGCAGCCACCUCCUCCACGAGGACAAGGCGAACCCCGACCAGGCAUGCUUGGCCGUUCCCGGACCGUCGAUCUUAAUGGCAGCUAUGGAAGAGGCCAGGACAGCUACUCACCAAGAGGCAGCUACGGAGAUCAGCCACCUAAUCCAAUGGAAAGAUCCAGAACAGGGACGCUCAGAGGUUCAUCCGAGCCAAGAGGUGGUGCUACAUCGCGUCAGCCAUUUCCCAGCAGGUCUAUGUCGACUCGAGCGCCAGCUCCUGCACCGCUGUUCAGAGAAACAACACCAAGGGCAAGAUUUGAAAGAGAUCCUGCCGAGGACACUGUCGAUGAUGUAUAUGGCCUGUACGCCCAAUCUAGACAAGUGUAUGGUGGUCGUGAUGCCCGAGGCAGCCCUUACAUGAUCAACGAGGAAGACGAGGAAGAUUACAUUGACGAAGAUGUUGGAGGCGAUGACAUGGCAGGGUUUGAGCCGGUCUACAAUCGAUCGCCUCCACAGUCACGACUGCAACCGUCGAUGUCGACCCGAACAAAGCGUGUCGAAAUGCGCAAGAUCCGCUGUAAGGUCCACGCUAAUGAAGACACGAGAUAUAUCAUGCUGCAGGCAGACGCUCCUCUUGGCGUUGAUUUUGGCGAGUUUGAGAGCAAGAUCCGCGAGAAAUUUGCUGUGAAGAGCGCGUUGAAGAUCCGAAUGCGCGACCCUGACGAUGGUGAUAUGAUCACCAUGGGCGACCAAGACGAUCUGGAAAUGCUCAUCCAGAGUGUCCGGGCUCUUGCCAAGAGAGAGAAGAGUGAGAUGGGCAAGAUGGAGGUCUGGAUCUCAUUCUGA